AUACACAAGUGUUCGGUUUCUUCUGACCUACAGGGUCGCAUAGGACAUGCGAAGAAACUUUACCCAUUGUCAAUUUAUCCUAACUUGAAACCAGGUAACGCCCAACUACCAGCAACUUCUUUCAUGUAGCACUGUACGGGAUACUCGCGUAGUGAUUCAGUUUGUUUACGUUUGGAAGGGUGAAAAGGUGUUUUAAAGGCUCUGUUUUGAUUAUAGACAAGAAGCGUAAGUUGUCGUGUAAAACUAUAGGGGUCAAUGUAUCCGAUACACAAAUAUCUUCCGACGUCAUUCGGCACCUACCUCAUGCAUAUUGAGAACGGCCCGAAGAGAGUGACGGUAAGCAGCGUCCCAACCGAUGUGACGCAAUUUAAAAGUCUGGUAAGAGCCAAACAAGCAAAAGAUUACAAUAGGACCAGUCAAAAUAACACUGGUCGCAAGGUGGGGCAAGGGGACAAUAAGAAGGCUCCAGCACGAGGAGCAAUUGAUCUGCAGCCUUCAUAUAACAUGAGAUACCUUCAACAUACUGGACAAACUAUUACCGAACCUCCUUCUGAUAUCGUCAUCGUCGACAAAAUAACUCCUGCUGCGUGGAUGCAAAAUCGUCCAAAACCUUGGAAAGAUAUUGUUAAAAUACACGAGACCGAAAAUCCCCUGCUGACAAGUACUGUAAUACGACCUCCUCGUUCACCCAAAACAAAGCACCCAGAUUAUCCAGCUGGGAAGAAACUUUUACGUCGAGGGCAGUACGUACCUCAAGCGAUUCCUUACGAACCAUCUUACCCAAAAGAGGUGUUAAAACCAGCGGGACAUAUCAAAACAGCCAUGCUGCCCCACCUUACUAAGCAAAUCCCUUCAAUAAACAAGGAGAGACAUCAGCUACGUGAAGCAGCGGCCCGCAAGAGGCGCCGGAGGGCUGAUAAGAUAAUGAACCUCGUGUCAAAACGUGCCCAACAUUCAACUCUCAAUUCAUGGGAUAUUGCUGUUGAUGACGUCACAACCAAGGCUGGUACUAAAACAGCAACUUACUUGAAAGGGGAACUCCCUGUUCCAAUAAAGUCGGAGCAGAAACUUUAUACUCAUUCAGAUAAAAUGAAAGUGCCCAGCAACACAACUAUACACACGGAACCAGAAAGUUACCCGAAGCUGAGAAAUAUCGACCCCAGGGAAGACCAAGUGAUAAUAAACAAGCAAGUACUUGAACGGUUAGGAGAUACCAUGCCCUAUAUAUGGGCGGGUGGAAGUUCGCAAUGAAGGAUGAAAUAUUGCAUUAAAACAACCAAAACAAAAUUGUUUCAGCAUGUUAUGGUUAAAAUACUGUGGAGUAAUACCAGAUAGUGUUAGCACGUGAAUCCUAUAUUUCCUGAUCGUGUUUUGAACAAUUAACAUAGCUUUUUUAGGGUUGCGGGAAAAGGUUUAUAACUUUGUAAAUAUUUCUGUAAAAAGAAGUAAACUAUUAAAGCGUGUUCAAUCUUACCCCAACCUAUUAUAUAACGCUCCAAUAAACUGGUAUAAUUUUAGACAACUGUCGCAAGUCUGCUGUGUGCAGUAAACGACACCGUACAAACAUAUAAUAUAUCGAUAUGUGUGUAUAUAAAAGCAUUAAAUUACACUUGUUCAAGGUUCAGACCCAUUACCAAGUGAUCAUGGUCCGAUGACAUUUGAUCCUACAUUUAACUUAAAAGUUUCGUAAACAAAUAAAGUUAGUAAGCCUACUUUGAUAUUACUCAUGGCUUCAAUUUCCUCUUUAGUCUUCUAUUCAAUUUAAACUUUUCGGCGUCUUAGUCUAGACUAGACAACACUCAAGCCGUAAAGUUUACUUUAUUGUACUUUAACGUUGCACGUUUAUAAACGUGAAUUCCCUGACUGCCUAAAUAGAAGUACAUUUUUAUUUUUUGUACGGUAUUUAAUAUUUAUACACGCUCUCGAUGAUUUAAAUAUUCUGAAUUGUAAC